UUCAAUGCGCAUAUAUUUACAGGUUCUAAUCUUGUCUACGAUUGCCGGUGUCAUCGCCAAGCCUCAGGGUUAUAAUUUGACUCCGCCUUCCGGUCCAUCUUUACUAACACAAAGAUGCAGCAACGGACAAGUGUUACAUGUGGACGGUAGAUGCGUAACUCCAAGAGUCAACAGUCGUGUGUUCUUGUAUGAUGUGCCAAGAACUCCCACGCCAGUGGGUCCUCCACCUUUCAUCCCUGCACCAACCGUGGAGACUAACCUGUUAUUCAUCCGAACUCCCGAAGGAGGACAAGGGCCAGAUCCCAUCGUUGUACCACCUCCGCAGCAGGAACACGUUGUGUACAUCCUCAAUAAACAGUCUGACGAAGGUCAAAAGGUGAUCGAAGUUCCAGCACCGCCACCUUCCGAUCCCGAAGUGUACUUCGUUAACUACGCUGAAGGAGAGAAUCCAACUCUUCCAAGUGGAGUGGAUCUGCAGACUGCCUUGGAUGCGGCUUCGGCUGGUAGUGGUCAGGUGGUUGGGAGUUCUGCAGGCUUCGGAAACGAUGUGGCUGGUAUAAAUGGUGGUUUCGGUAGCAGCAAUGGUUUCGGACUUAGCAACGGUUUGGGAAGCAGGAAUGAUUUCGGAAGCAGCAGUGGUUUCGGAAGCAGCAGUGGUUUUGGAAGUAGCAGUGGUUUCGGAAGCAGCAAUGGUUUUGGAAGGAGCAGUGCUAUCGGAACCAGCAGUGGUUUUGGAAGCAGUGGUAGUCUUGGAAGCAGCAAUGGUUCCGGAGUCAGCGGUGCUUCCAGAGGCACCAGUGGCUUCGGAAGCAACAAUGGUUUAGGAAUCAGUGGUGGUUUCGGAAGUAGCAUUGGUUUAGGAAGCAGCAGCAGUUUUGGUACAGAUGGUAGUCUUGGAAGCAGCAAUGGUUUCGGAAUUAACGGUGGUUUCGGAGGCAGUAACAGUUUCGGAAGCGGCAAUGGUUUUGCAAGCAACAGUGGUCUCGGAGGGAGUAGUGGUUUCGGAGGUAUUACUGAUUUUUCAUCAAGAAAUAAUGGCGGCAGUUUCAGUGGUGCUAGAAUCAGCAGCCUGUCAGGGACCGGUCAUGCACCAACGCUGCCCAGUCUGUACACAACGCCUUAACAAGGUCAUUGAUGUUAAAUCUUGGAAAUGUAUUUUUGUAAAAAUCUGACAAUUUGAAUAAAUCACAAAAUUAA